CUGACAUUCCGAGGCGCGAGCCGAUUGGACGUGAGCGUGAGCGCCCGCCUCAGCGUGCUGUGCCAUUGGACGACGGCCGUGUCAGUCUUGCACCAGGGUUUCCGGGACAUAUUGGCGCUGAAAAUGAACUAGGGCAAAGUCCCAAGCUUUUACUCUGGGUCUGGGAGAGGACGCGUGAGUGCGAGUUUGAGCGCUAGGAUUUUAUGUGCUCUUUUGUUUUAAAAAUGCCAGUGGUAGACAUUUAGGCGCUUCCCCGAAAGGGAACCCAUGUUCAUCAUUAUUAGCAGUGCGGAUGUGAUCUGCUUGCGAACUCAAAGCUCUUAAAUGGCCCGUUUUCCUGGUACUUGUGGAACCAGGACCCUCUCACGCUGUGCUGUGAGCGUGCCAACUCUUAGCUUCCUUCCUCUGCUGCCUUGCCUGUCUCCUGCCGUGAUGGACUCUUGCUCUCCUAGAACCCUCAACCCCUAGUGUUUUCUAUGUGCCUCUCAAAUGUUCUUUACUGGAGUGUCUUUUGCCUGGAUGUGAAAAGACUGGAAACAUUGCUCAAACACAAGCCAGAAGCCACGCUGCAUGGUGUUAGGAGUGGAUAAAUGAUGUGCACUGCCCUGAGCCCCAAGGUUCGCAGCGGACCUGGCCUGUCUGAUAUGCAUCAGUACAGCCAGUGGCUGGCCAGCAGACAUGAAGCUAAUUUGCUGCCGAUGAAAGAAGACUUGGCCUUGUGGUUAACCAAUCUAUUAGGGAAAGAGAUAACAGCAGAAACCUUCAUGGAGAAGUUGGAUAAUGGUGCCUUGCUCUGUCAGCUUGCAGCAACUGUGCAGGAGAAAUUCAAAGAGAGUAUGGAUGCCAACAAGCCUGCCAAGACCCUACCACUGAAGAAGAUUCCUUGCAAAGCCAGUGCACCCUCGGGCUCCUUUUUUGCCCGAGACAACACAGCCAAUUUCCUAUCCUGGUGCCGAGAUUUGGGAGUUGAUGAAACAUGUCUUUUUGAAUCUGAAGGCCUGGUUCUGCAUAAGCAGCCCCGAGAAGUGUGUCUCUGUUUGCUAGAGCUUGGUCGGAUUGCAGCCAGGUAUGGUGUGGAGCCUCCUGGUCUGAUAAAGCUGGAAAAAGAAAUUGAACAAGAAGAGACACUUUCUGCCCCAUCUCCUUCGCCUUCUCCUUCAUCAAAGUCUUCAGGAAGGAAGAGCACUGGAAACUUACUGGAUGAUGCGGUAAAAAGAAUCUCUGAAGAUCCUCCCUGCAAGUGCCCAACCAAGUUCUGUGUGGAGCGGCUCUCUCAAGGUCGAUACCGAGUGGGCGAGAAGAUCCUCUUCAUCAGGAUGCUGCACAACAAGCAUGUGAUGGUCCGAGUGGGAGGAGGCUGGGAGACCUUCGCAGGCUAUCUGCUCAAGCAUGACCCCUGCCGCAUGCUGCAGAUCUCCCGUGUGGACGGCAAGACAUCCCCUGUCCAGAGCAAAUCCCCAACCCUGAAGGACAUGAAUCCCGAUAAUUACCUGGUGGUCUCUGCCACCUACAAGGCUAAGAAGGAGAUUAAAUGAAACUGAUCUCUGAAAGAGGACUCAUGCAAUGGCCUGUGUCCAUUCUUCAGUGUAGUCAAUAUAGUUCACAUGCUCUGAAAAACCACACAUCAGACAGGAAAAUACUCAAAUGGUAGCACUAUUUAUUUGUAAUGCAUCUGUAGAACUUUGCCUAUGGAGAAAAAAAUCUAAACUCAAUGGAAUCAGACAAAUGGUAAGCAAAUUAUUAUUUCUCAAUAUGUGAACAUAGUAUUUAGAACAAACCUUGUUAGGAACUAAGUUCUAGGUACAGUCAUUGAAGGUGAUCAUGACUAGGAGACUGUAUUUACAUAAAUGGGUAGGUCAACAGAAAGUGCCUGCUGUAUGUCUAUGAGCUAAAGCACCCCAGAAACUUUUAUAAUGGCGGGGAUUUUAUACCUAUUUUUUACAAAGUGACAAUGUGAUAAUGUGCUACUAAAAUUUGUCUGAGAGCACUAUAUAGUAGAGUUUUCUCAGCCAUAAUACUUAACUGGAAAGGACACUUCAGAGAUGUUUACAUUAACUUGGAAGAUUGCCUUAAAGUUCAUCUCUGAUCCCUGACCAAACCAACCUCUGGGGUACUUUUGGAUGUUGCCUGUGCAGCCCCUUAGGAAUAGCAGGUACCUUUUACACACAGAGCAGCUGUGUUUAGGAUGAUCACUUAGUGAAAUACACAUGCCUAAGCUAGCAUUCAUUCACAUUUUGAUGUGUGGACUGCACAGUCAAAUGUUCAUCAACCUUGUGAUUUUGUUUAUUUCAAGCAUUUUCUUAUUAAAAUUAUGUAUCUUUAGUUAGUCCUAUUCUGCUAUGCUGUCUCAUGAAGUAAAAUUCAUGUAGUGAAUUAUGUUACAGACUUGUAUACCCAGGACAGAGCUGUUUUGUAUCAAUAAACAGCACGAUAUUGUCCACACUGAUUUAAAAAAAUAAAAACAAAGUUUAAAAAAAAAAACCCACACAUUAUCUGUCUCUGUAUCAGUGCUUCACUCUUAAAUAAAGUUAAUGUUCAAA